UCACACACAACCAAAAACGCUUCUCUUCUUCCCUCCCUGCAAAGCAUUGAAUUGAAGGCUCUCUCUCUUUCUCUCACCACAUACUCUCUCUCUAGCAAACUUUUCUCUUAAUCAGAUCUCUCUCUAGCAAACUUUUCUCUUCAUCAGAUCUCUCUUUCUAGAAUCAUGAAAUCAAACACAGAGAUCUCAGAGAAUCGAUUCUUGGGGAGCAUUUCAGCCUCAUCCAUCCGAAAUUUCCUUCCCAGAUCGGUCUCUAGCAAGAAAAAGAUGUACUCAGUUCGUACAAAAUCGAAGUUAAACAGUGAAAACAUGCCACCAAUCGAUCCAAACAUUCAGGUUGAGAACAUUCCACUUUCACCUACUGCACCUAAACAAUUACCGUCUAAAAUGGAAAUUUCACAGAAAGAAAUCACCAGAUCAGACGGUCAUGAAGAAGCGCCGAUGCCUCCAGAUCCCCCAGUCAAGGUCGUAGUGAGGAUUAGACCUACUAAUCAUCAUGAAAGAGAAGGAGAUCGGACGGUUAGGAAGGUUUCUGAUGAUUCACUAUCGAUUGCGAACCGAAAGUUCACCUUUGAUUCGGUUCUCGAUUCGAAUUCAAAUCAGGAGGAUAUAUUUCAGUUAGUUGGUGUCCCUCUGGUUAAAAAUGCAUUAGCUGGUUACAACACAUCAGUCUUGGCCUAUGGACAGACUGGAAGCGGCAAGACUUACACAAUGUGGGGUCCUCCAAGCGCCAUGGUUGAUGGUCAUUCUGUCAGCAGUCAUCAGGGCAUUGUUCCACGCAUCUUCCAGAUGCUGUUCUCCGAGAUUCAGCAAGAGCAGGAGAAUUCGGAAGGUAAACAGAUAAAUUAUCAAUGCCGUUGUUCAUUCCUUGAGAUAUACAACGAACAAAUUGGGGAUUUACUUGAUCCAAUCCAGAGAAACCUAGAGAUCAAGGAUGAUGCCAAAAAUGGACUUUAUGUAGAGAAUUUGACUGAGGAAUAUGUAACUAGUUGUGAAGAUGUAACCCAAAUUUUGAUCAAGGGUCUUUCAAGUAGAAAAGUUGGAGCAACAAGCAUAAAUUCAAAGAGUUCACGUUCCCAUAUUGUGUUCACGUUCAUCAUUGAAUCCUGGUGCAAGGGUUACUCAUCAAAAUGUUUUGGUAGUUCAAAGACAAGCAGAAUCAGCUUCAUUGAUCUUGCUGGACUGGAGAGAAACAAGCCUGAUGAUGCCAGUAGACAGUGUGUAAAGGAAGAAAAAAAUGUAAAGAAGUCCUUAUCACAGCUUGGGCACUUGGUAAAUUUCCUUGCUGAAGGAACACAGUCCAGAAAACCUGAAGACAUUCCAUAUAGAAGUUCCAUUUUAACGCAUUUACUGAAAGAAUCACUUGGUGGCAAUGCCAAACUCACAGUUAUAUGCACCAUCUCCCAAGACAACAAGAGCAACGGUGAAUCACUGAGCACACUCAGAUUUGGACAGCGAGUAAAAACUGUACAAAAUGAUCCAGUAAUAAAUGAAAUAACAGAGGAUGACGUUAAUGGUCUGAGCGACCAGAUUCGUCAGUUAAAGGAGGAACUCAUAAGAGCAAAAUCAAAUGUAUGCAACUCAGUUGGAAGUAAUUAUGGAUACUUUAAAGGUCAAAGUGUGCGUGGAAGCGUGAAUCAACUGAGACUCAGCCUUAAUCGCUCCUUGAUCCUACCCAGAAUAGAUAAUGAUUCUGAGGAAGAAGUAAAUGUUAAUGAGGAUGAUGUAAGAGAACUAUGCCAUCAACUAGAUAAUUUGCAUAGUUCUUAUGAAGAGAAUUCAAAAGAUGCAUCUAAGAACCAAGACUGCAUCCAGUUUCCUCCUUUAGAAGAAGGUUCUGAGACAGACUUGACAAGUGAACAUGACAUAAGCCAUUUAGAAGAAAGUGAAACUGAAGAAAUUAAUUUGGAGAAAUCUCAGACUGAAUCUCCACAGAUGGGAAAAUCUGCAUCUGUGGUCAACCUUUCAAGUGCCCCCACCAAUCCAAUGACCAUUGAUCCAGAACCUAGAAGUACCUUUUCAAUUAGUGCAUGCCGUCAGACUUCAGUUCUUGAAGAUCCGACAUUCACUGAGUCCCCAAAAAUUGGAAAUACUCUAAGGAAAAGCAUAGCAAUCUCAUCCGAUUUGGCAAGUCAGAACAUUGUGUUGAAGAGUUCCACGUCCAAUUCAGAUGUGUUGAGGCAGUCACAAAAACAAAGUGAACAUGUUCAAUCCUCUUUGAGGUCAAGCAAGAUCUUUCCAGGCCCCACUGAAUCCUUGGCUGCUAGUCUUCAGAGAGGCUUACAGAUUAUAGACUAUCACCAACGGAAUUCGUCAUCAAAUAAAUCUUCAGUUGCCUUCUCUUUUGAUCAGCUGACACUUAAACCGUGUCAGGCUGUUGACAAAAACAAUGCUUCUGUUCAAACAUUGCCAGAAGAGAGACCAUCUUCAGAUGGACCACCUGUUUCUUUCCUAUGUGCAUCUUGCCGACGAACAGCAUUAAUUGGCUCCAAAGAAGUCCACGAUAGCUUGAAAUCAUGGAUAGUAACAGUAGAUGGGGAAGGCAAUUUGAAUGGUCUGGCAAAUCAAGUGCCUAAAGAUGGUGGAAAAGAUUUUGCAGAAGCCAUCAAAAGAAGAGACGAGCUAGAAAAUAUUUGUACGGAACAAGCAGCAAAAAUUGAGCAGCUAAAUCUUCUGAUAGAGCAGUACAAACAUGAGAGAGAACAGAAUCCUACAGUAGAACAUAAUAAUACUCUUCUUCUUGAGGGCUUGAAGAAUGAAGUAGUACAAACUGAUGAGUUGAAAAAUGAAAAGUUUCAUUCACUAGAGGUUGAAAACAAGCUUAUGAGAUGGGAUGAUAGUGAGUAUCAUGAGCCAGAGAUCGUAGAAGAAAAAUAUGAAAUAAAAGAAGUCAGGGAAGAGUUGGAUUAUGGAUGCAGGAACACAUCCUUUGAUAUGAACGAGAAGGAAGCACUUCUUAAGGAAAUUCAAAUCUUAAGGAGUAAAUUGCAGUCAUUUACUGAUGUAUCUCCAAACAAGUCUACUGAGAGAUUGAGAUCCUCCCUUUUAUCACAAUCGAUUCAAUUGAGAAAAAGUGGGGUGUUUUCUCAAGGAAACAAUGAGGAGGAACUCGAGAAGGAAAGACAGAGAUGGAUGGAAAUGGAGAGCGACUGGAUUUGUUUGACUGAUGAAUUAAGAAUUGAUCUUGAGUCCAUGCGCCGGCAGGCAGAAAAGGUGGAGAUGGAGUUGAGGUCAGAGAAGAACUGCACUGAGGAGUUGGAUGAUGCACUUAAAAGGGCUGUCCUUGGGCACGCUAGAAUGGUUGAACACUAUACUGAACUACAGGAGAAAUAUAAUGACUUGGCUGAAAAACACCGGAUGAUUAUGGAAGGGAUUGCAGAGGUGAAAAGGGCAGCUGCAAAAGCAGGAAAUAAAGGUCAUGGCUCUCGUUUUGCCAAGUCCCUUGCUGCAGAGCUUUCAGUCAUGAGAGUGGAGAGGGAGAGGGAGAGAGAAUUAUUGAAGAAGGAGAACAAAAGUCUUAGAAUUCAACUUAGAGACACUGCAGAAGCUGUCCAUGCUGCUGGAGAACUUCUUGUUAGGCUCAGAGAAGCCGAGGAAGCAGCUUCAAUAUCCGAGGAGAACUUCACAAUGCUUCAGGAAGAGAAUGAGAAGUUAAAGAAGCAAGUGGAGAAGCAAAAGAGAAAACACAAAAUGGAGAUGAUCACCAUGAAACAAUACCUUGCAGAGAGCCGAUUGCCGGAAGCUGCACUGCGACCCCUGUACAGGGAGGAUUCUGAUAUAACACACAACACUAGUACCCCACUGCCAGACGAUGAUCAGGCAUGGAGAGCAGAAUUUGGAGCUAUAUAUCAGGAUCAUCAUUACUAAGUCAGUGGGAGUAUUUUCUACUAGUUUUCAGACCCUACUUGGGUCCCCAGGAAAUGUACAAUUGUUGCAUUCUUGAUUUUCUCCUUUUUUUUCAUAUUUGCUUUCAAUUCAAUUUUUUUUAAAGGUUUGUGUGCGCUACUGUAAGUCCUUUCAUUUGUUAAUAAAAGUAUAUUUGGAGUUGCCUUUCAUAUUUAGUUGUUUUAGCUAUUGGUAUCUCAUUUCCAC